CAACGAUGACUCCAGUAGUUUCACAAUUUUCUUCGUGACCUUUGAGAAAUUUCCAACCCAUCUCGCCUAUCUUGGGACAUAAAUCUCGAUUGGAAAAACAGAAGGAAGAUAUCAAAGAAAUAUUCAAGUCUGGGGAACCUCCAGUCAUUUGUUGCAUAAUGGCGUAUUUUAAACACCGGUAAAAAGUGUUUUUGAAUUCCCUCAAAUCAUCAAAUCCACAUCUGCUCAACGAUAAAAGAGCCCGAUGACAUGUGACGGAAUCAAAAACUGGACCAAACUUUUGUAGAUUUGGUUCAAGCGUUUUGAUUCAUUGAAUAAUGAAGAAAGUAUUGUGAAUGACAUGAUUGUAAAUAAUGUAAGUACAGAAGGAAAGAAAAUAGAAGCACUAUGUGUGGCUCAAUCUGAAGAUAUAUGUGAGAUCCAAUGUACAGAUAUCUCUGAAUACAUAGAAUCUGAAGAGGAUACUACAACAAGCCAGAUUCUUGGUAGCAGUAAAUAUAAAGAUUUAUUAAAUAAUGAAGAAAGUAUUGUGAAUGACAUGAUUGUAAAUAAUGUAGGUACAGAAGGAAAGAAAAUGGCAAUAUAUGUGGCUCAAUCUGAAGAUAUAUGUGAGAUCCAAUGUAUAGAUAUCUCUGAAGGCAUGGAUUCUGAAGAGGAUUGGAUAAAGAAAUUUAUUAAAUAAUGAAGAAAGUAUUGUGAAUGACAUGAUUAUAAAUAAUGUAGAUACAGAAGGAAAGAAAAUAAAAGCUAUACGUUUGGCCCAAUCUAAAAAUAACAACUAUUCAAAAGAAUUACAUCUGGGUACUAAAACAACUGGUCCUAUGCAACCUAUAUUAGGUGCCUAUCCAUAUAUUGGAAUGGGUAAAGAUAAACGAUGCUUUCAAACUCAGUGGUACAAAUCCUUUCCCUGGAUUGAAUAUAGCAUAACCAGAAACUCUAUUUUUUGUUUUCCUUGUCGUAAUUUUCCCACUCAACCUCAAAAAGGAUACUUUUUUAAUCAAGGUUAUCAAAAAUUUCGUAAGGUAAAAGAAUACUUAACAACUCACGGAGCAACAAAUGGUCAUGCAACGAAUGUAAUUCUCUGGAACCAUUUUAAACAAUCUUUGAUAGAAGGCACCAUUAAAGAAAAAUUUAUAGCUGUAACUAAAUCAACAAUACUUGAAAGAAGAGAAUAUUUGAAACGAUUAUUCAAAAUUAUAAUACUAUGUGGUAAGGGAACUUCCCCUUAGAGGUCAUUAUGAAAGUAAGACAAGCAAUAAUCAAGGAAAUUAUUGUGAAAUAUUAAACUGUUUGAAAGAGUAUGAUCCAUUUUUAAUAGCAUAUAAACCACCAGGCAAUGCUCAUUAUUGCUCACCUCAAUCACAAAAUCAAAUGCUAUCUGCAGCUGGAAACUUAAUCGUAAAGUACAUAGCAUCAGAAAUAAGGGAGGCAGGCUAUUUUGUUGUCAUGGCUGAUGACACUCGUGAUGUUAGCUCAUAUGAGCAAUUUAGUAUAUGUGUUAGAUAUGUUGAUAAAACAAAAACACCAAAGGAAUCUUUUAUAUCUUUUCAAAAAGUUGAAGACUUAGAUGCAGAGUCAUUAACGAAGACAUUAAUAACAACCUUAAACAACAAUUCCAUAAAUGCAAUUUGCGUUGCUCAAGCAUAUGAUGGUGCAAGUGUUAUGAAAGGGCAUCUUUCAGGAGUCCAGGAAAGAUAUCGCCAAAAUCACAAAAUGGCUAUAUAUGUGCACUGCUAUGCGCAUAAACUCAACCUUGUACUGAUCUCUGCCUGCAAAUCAGUACCUCAAUCUAGAAAGUUUUUUAAUGUAUUAGAAGGUAU